AUGGCUAUUCAUCCGAGUUUCCCGUCACAAGUAGAGGUUAGAAGGAACCUGUCGCUGCAGCAGGCCCAGGCCAUUUCAGCUUGGACGGAACAGGCCACUGCGUCUCUGGAGGAUUUGACGAUAACAGAUUCGGCUCACGGGGGCGAAAGAAAUACCUCGGCGCCGGCUUCAGCCACUGCUCGGGGAACUAUCCGUGGAUCCUCGGUCUCUCUGUCGAUUCCUCUGGAUGAUCCCGUUCCAGUUGACAGCAGUAGUAUCGUGCCAAGGGUCAAGAUUUUAGGUCGAGUCCCAGAGGAGACACCAAAGGUCCCGACGGUCAGUUUCCGGCGCCGGGAACCACUCCGCCGUGAUAGUCUGAAACGACGCGAGGCUCUGCUGAAGGGAAAGGACGGCAGUCGCCGCAGGCAGCGCUGGGAGAAUGAUCGCCUCCUCCAUAAUCCCUGGGCCACCCCCCCAUCUCCCAAGGAUUGGCUUCCCCAGCCAACCCAUAUCCGCCAUGAACCCAUGCCCUAUUUUCUUGCUCCACUCUGGGACAAGCAUUACGCGCAUCUGGACCAUCGGACGUCCAAGCAGAUAGCGAGUGAAGAUACGGUCGAAAGACAUCACAUCCCGAAAGAACUUCGUCUUAAAUUGAAGCACGCACGUGCUGCGAGGGGUAUGCUUCAAGACCUCGAGGAAGAUAUUAGACAGUUCAUUCAAAGGUGGAACGAGAGGCAAAUUUUGCGCCGUAAAGACGGUCUCGCCGAUGCGCCUUCAUCGUCCGAUGAAGACUCUGAAGACGAAGUCGUCUUUGUAGGACGGAACGGCCAGAUGCAUGAUUCACCCGACCGCAAGGCAAAGCUGCAAAACAUGCGGGAGACGAUGACAUCUCACAACGAGAACCAUGGCGAGAAGAUGGUGUUUGAGAGCCUGGUUGACGAUCGGGCUGCUGGGUUUGGUCGCUGGCUCGUCCACUCCAUUGCUUCUUACUAUGGGCUUCACACAUGGUCUGUGACUGUUGGAAGCCCCGCUCGACGCGAAGCCUAUGUGGGAUUCCAUCCGCCGUCGCCUGGGAGUAGAGCUGGGCUGUUGUCCCGUCCACCAGCGAGCUGCCGUACAGAGGCAUUUAUCCAGCCUGGCGAGGAACUUCCUCGGCCCUUGUGGUCACAGGUGUAA